AUGCACCACUUUUCGUGGACCACCGCCCUUGCGGCCCUGCUCUCCCUCGGGAGCGUAGAGGGCUCAAUGUCUAUCAUGCCGUUGCCUCAAGAAACCCCUAUCGGCUUGAUGGCCGCGGUUGGCAUGUCUCCAAAGCCUACUGAUCCGCCAGGUGUGCCACCCGGCUUUCCUCGCGAGCUGUUACCGCGGAAGGACAAAACGACAUUGCCUCUUCCUCCGCCUGGGUACUACUGCGGCUUAGUCACUAGCGAUCCCGAUAACUUGCUGACCUGCGUCAACGCCCGAGCCAACUGCGUCCAUCAGGGCACCGCCAUUGGCUGCUGCAUUAGCAGCGAAAUCACCGACUGCACGAACAUCCCAUCUACUUGCAUCAACUAUGGCGACGAGUGCGAUGCUUCCUGCAGAAGCAACCGCAGGAUCUUGAAAUGCACCACCACCACCGAACCGUACUGCGGAACGUAUUUCUUCGGUGGCGGAUCGAAACUGUUCGGAUGUCGGUCCUAUGCCUCGGUUUCGUCACAAGUCCAGCAACUCACCGAUUACUACGAGUCUGUCUAUGGCUCCUCUUGGAGAACCCACCUGACUUCCUCGAGCUCAUCCGACUUUGACCUGCCUUCCGCCCCUCCCGAGCCUACGCAAACCGAAGAGUCGACCCCGCCUGCACCAGAUGAAACUUCUUCUUCCCCAGCCGGCCCAUCACAAUCCACUGGGCCUUCAGAGUCACAAGAUGACGACGAUGAUGAUGACGGCACUGGCAGAGGCAAACGAAAGAAGAGUCUCUCCGGCGGUGCCAUCGCCGGUGUCGUCGUCGGCGCCUGCGCUGGCGUCGGAGCCAUCGCCGCUUUCCUCGUCUGGUUCUUCUGCGUGAAGAAGAAGGCUGACCAGAACAAUAAUGGCGCCGCUGCCGCCGGCGCCGGCGUUCCUCCUCCUGGGCCACCAAUGGCGCCCCACGAUCAAUACGGACAGCCUCAAAACGCAGCAAUGGGUUAUUAUGCACCACCACCGGCUGUGGAUAACAAGCCCCUCGACGGCUCCCAACCUCCUCCUUCAUAUGGCUAUGACAAAGUGCCCCAAACCGAUAUGGCCGAAAUGCCUGGUAAUCUCCAACCACCGCCGCCGCAGCAGCCGAUGCCGCCGCAGGGUCAAGCAAAUGAUUAUUACAACCAGCGUGUGAGCAUGGGUCCGCCAAGUCCUCUGAGCGGUAGCAGUCCCGGGAGUCCCAAUGGCAUGCACCCAACGCAUACAGGCCCUGUGCCAGAGCAGAUUUAUGAAAUGGGACCCGGGAGAUAGGGGGGGAAAAAAAAAAAAAAGACGGUAAUGACAUACAUAAUCCUUGAGCAGAAAUACAGCAAUAUGAUAGCG